AUGUGCCCAUUGCCCUUGUUUAAAAACUUGUUGAGUCAACAGACGAUCUUAGUCAAAAACAACAAUAUAUAUGUGACUGAAUUACAGCGACUAUUGACUGGCCGUCAAUAUAUGGACAAACAUAUCGCACAAUACGUGCAGAGCGUUGAACACAUGCUUACUGUCAACACCGAUGCUAUACUCAACGGCAAUCACGCCGUAAACAACGCUGAAUGCUAUCACAAAUUUGUGGACACUUUUGACCAACAGUGUUUUAAUAUUAAUCAGAAUACUUAUGCGUUCGGAAAACUGCAAGUAUUUGUGAAUGUUUGCGAACAACUGCGCGAACCCAGCGAUGCGAACAUUGUUGUCGACCAUUUGGUACAAUACUGUAACGACAAUGUGUCCCAUAAUAACAUAUCUAUUAAAUAA